AUGGCAGCCAAACCAAAUCACAAGCUCUCACAAGAGCAGAUCGAUCAUUUCAUGCGAUAUGGUUACGUGCGUCUACCAGGCUGUUUCUCACAAGAGAAAGCAAACGAAUGGGCCGGAGAUGUGUGGACUAGACUAGGAAUGUCAUCCUCCGACAAAUCAACCUGGACAACUGAAGUCACCCACAUGGGGGACACCAAGGAAGAACCGGUGAGGACCUUUGCCCCUAAGGCAUGGGCGGCCAUCUGUGAGCUUCUCGGCGGCGAAGACCGUGUAGCACCGGACUCGGCUACUUGGAACGAUGCCUUGAUCGUCAAUCUCGGCUCCCCCGAGACCGAGGGUACAUGGCCCCAUCCUGCUGAUCUGCCGGGAUGGCAUGUGGAUGGCGACUUUUUUACCCAUUACUUGGAUUCGCCUGAACAGGCUCUACUGGUUAUCCCGCUAUUUACCGACAUCCAGGAUCGUGCAGGUGGCACUAUGACCUGUCCGGAUGCGAUGAAAUCCAUUGCGCAGCAUUUGUACAACCAUCCCGAGGGCGUGACACCCUAUAUGUAUCCACGUGGCGAAAUACCUGAUGGGAGUCCUACUGAUACACCAUUUUACUCGGAUAUUGUCAAGAAUUGCCACGAAUUCCAUGAGAUGACUGGCAAAGUGGGCGAUGUGGUUCUUCUUCAUCCUUUGAUGUGUCACUCCAUUUCGGUCAACAGCCUGAGACAUCCACGAGUAAUCACCAACCCGCCAGUGGCUUUGAAACAGCCGUUCCAGUUUGACCGGGACGAUCCCUCGAAAUACAGCAUCGUCGAGAGAAAGACGCUAGAGAUGCUUGGCAAGGAGAGGCUAUCAGGCUGGAAAAUCACGGGAAAGAGAGAAUUCAUUUGCCCUGACAGGCUGAAAGGAGAAAAUCGCAAGAGUGAUGGCGAGAUGGAAAGACUCGAAAGGAUCACUGGACAACGCUUGUCCGCUUAA